AUGGCGGCUGGACAGCAUGGCGCCUUGGGUGCGGCAUUCAAGAUCAGCCGAGCUUUGCAAGCAGCCUGUCUGAUCGCUGUUAUCGGCAUGACCGCGAACUUUGUCUCCGACAUCAUAACGGCCAAUGCCACUCCUCCGCGGAUCCUGAUCGCGACACUCAGCAUAGUCUGCAUUGCGGUACUCUAUUGUGCCAUUACCUUCAUUUUAUUCCUUGACAAUCUUCUGCCGUAUCUGAUCAUCACCGGAGUCGAUGGCGCUUUCCUCGUCGCCUUGGUCGUGGUGUCUGUGGUUGUAGGCAGACCCGUCAGCUACCUCAACUGCAAUGUAUUGGACGAUAUGGCCAAUGUCUCGUCAAGUGCGUACGACUUCACAUCGGCGCUGGGCAGCAGUCUCGGCAACAAUGGUGGGCGAAUUGAUUACUCCAAAUGGGUUGGGACAUCGAAAUCGACCUGCCUGGAGAUCAAGUCGAUUUGGGGCUUGAGCAUGGCACUUUGCGUGCUUUUCGCAUUCUCUGCGAUUUGCACUGUUUGCCUGUGGAGAAAGUCAAAGACUCCGCCGCCAGCGGACAAGAGCCAGGCGUAG